GCUAUUGCUUCCUGCCUCCCGUAGUGGCAUUGCCUCGCAUCUCAUUUGCAAACUUUGCCCGGACGUACCGUCCUCGCGAGCUGCGAUGUUCCCGUCGAAUCGCUUGCAGUAGUUGCUUUUGUUUUUUCUUUUUAAGAUUGGAAAGAGAGAAUCAUUUGGUGAACGAUGAUAAUUGUAUUUGACUCUCUGAAAGGGCUUAUUUCCUUUACCUUUAUUCUCUCAACAAUUCUUUACCGAGUUGCAUCCCUGAACUCGGUCUCUCCUGUCUGCGAACUCAGUGUCAUCGAUAACUACAAGCUCUACAACUAUAGCCUGGCCACUCCUAUUCCGGAAUUUCCUCACGGGGUUCUCAGCGAAGAUGGGUUUUACAAAGCGGCUGUAAAUGAGACUGUGGUUUGGUUUCAGCUCUGCGAUGGAAUGAUUUUCAAUCAUGACCUGCCUAAAUGUGUUGACUGCUGGGACUGUGGAGGGCCAUCACGUUGUGGCAUGGAUUGUAGUGCCCUCGUGGUGAACAAUAGAGGAGGUUACCAUGUCUGCACUACCAUUGGUCAUGCCUCAAGUACUGACAUUAAAAUCAUUGAUAAAAAGAAUCCCCAUGCUGGUGUCAUCGUUAAGAUGUCCAAGACUGGUGCAGAGCUCAACUGUUCACUCUCUGUGUCUGUUAUUUGUGAUUCAAAUGCUUUUCAGGGACCAAAUUCACUGGAGAAAUUAGGAACCUGUGAUUAUGCUACGAUGAUGAGGCAUCCUUCUGGUUGCGCCAAGAUUGUCCAAUUUCAUGGGAAAGGGUGGGGUUGGUUUGGAACCUUCAUAACCAUUGUGUUGUGCCUUUUUGGAGGGUAUUUUCUGGCCGGUACAAUUUAUCGAUAUUUCUUCCUUGGAGUUCGUGGAAUAGAUAUUAUCCCAAACUUGGACGUCUGGGCCAGUUUACCUCAAAGAACACGGAGUUCGUUUGCAUCUAUGGUGCAGAAAGUUAGGGGACCUUCUCAGGGCCAUCGGAACUCCUAUUCUCGGGUCAACUUCUGAUAAUAUACAUUUUCCAUUUAGGAUUCUACUGGAGAUUUCAUAUUCUAUCAUCUCAGCUCUGCCAUGAACAUUCAACGGACAAGUGCAACGUAUUGGUCAGUUUUUGGAUAGUGACCUGCCGGCAAAUUCCAAUGGCUUCGAUGGAGAGGAUCUCUUUUCAUCUGCGGCAGAAUUAGGACUAUUGCUUGACAUAAACCACCGUAAUGCUGGCUCUUUCUGGUAACUUUUCCAUCCCGGUGUUUCUCAUAAGAGAUAUUCAAUUGUAAUCAAAGUUGACCAUAAAUGGCGCUAUAAAUUUUCUUAGCUUUUGUUUAGCAUUUUGAACGUAAUGUUUUUCUCAUGACCUUAAUUUACACACCUUGUUAUUUCUAAA